AUGACGGACCAGGCGGACAACAAGAUCGUUCGCGCAGAAGACCGCCAAGGGUCCAUUCGCGAAGGCUCUACGGACGGUCACGAUGUCGACCCCGCAAAGGGCGACAUCUAUGGUGACGAGGUUCAUGUGGUCGACAAGGAACUGGAACGACGCCUGUGUCGUAAGCUGGACUUCAGGCUUAUGCCGGUCCUUGCUGUUAUGUACCUCUUCAACGCCCUUGAUAAAGGAAACAUUGGAAACGCCGAGACCGAUGGCAUGAGUACCGACCUCGGCUUCAAAGACGGCCAAUACAAUCUCAUCGUCAGCAUCUUCUUCGUCCCGUUCGUCGCCGCCGCCCCAUUCGUCGCCCUGAUCGGCAAGAAGUUCGGCGCCGCGGUCGUUCUACCUAUCCUCAUGUUCACCUUCGGCUCUAUGACGAUGCUCAUGGCUGCCGCGCAAAACUUCAGUGGUGUUUUUGCACUCAGGUGGUUUCUCGGAAUGGCUGAGAGCGCCUUCUUUCCACUGGUCAUCUACUACCUCACAACGUUCUACCGCCGCGGUGAGCUGGCUCGUCGCUUGGCCGUGUUCUAUGCUGCGUCAAACGUCGCCAAUGCAUUCUCCGGACUCCUCGCCUUCGGUGUGUUCCAUAUUAGGAAUACCAGCCUGUACCCUUGGCGCUGGCUGUUCAUCAUCGAGGCUUCUGCAACGAUUCUAUUCUCGAUCUUCGCCUUCUGGUACCUGCCUCGCAGCGCUGCUGAGGCCAAGUUUCUUACUGAAGAAGAGAAGCAUCUCGCUUUCCACCGUGUCCGAGUGGACAGUUCUUCCGUCGUCGGAGAGAAGAUGAGCAUCCGGGAGAGUGCCAAGGUCUUCAAGCACCCCAGUACAUUUGGUUUCCUUGCUAUUGAGAUCUGCCUCGGAGUACCCCUCCAGAGCGUCGCUCUCUUCAUGCCUCAGAUCGUUCAGCGCUUGGGAUACAGCCCCAUCAAGACGAACCUCUACACCGUCGCUCCGAACGUCAGCGGUGCCGCGAUGCUUCUGAUUCUGGCCUUCCUCUCGGAUUGGCGACGCCUUCGAUUCCCCUUCAUUGCGUUGGGCUUCUCUCUGACCUUCAUCGGCUUCGUUAUCUACGCCGCCAUCAACGAUGUUGAGCGUCAAAUCAAGCUAGCGUACUACGCAUGCUUCAUGAUGACUUGGGGUACUUCUGCUCCCAGUGUUCUCUUGUCCACAUGGUACAACAACAACGUUGUUAAUGAAAACCAACGUGUGCUCCUGACCUCUAUCGGCGUUCCUUUGGCGAAUCUCAUGGGCCUCGUUAGCAGCAAUAUUUUCCGCAAGCCUGACGCCCCGAAAUAUGCACCAGCUCUGAUCACCGCGGCAGCUUUUGGAGGGACGGGUGUGAUCUGUUCUCUUUCCCUUGGUCUGUUCAUGAUGUGGGACAACAAGAGGCGGAACCGCGCUCAGGGUGUCAACCUCACUGCGAGUGACGUCCCGACUUCAAGGCUCGGCGACGGUCCGCGCAGUCCCGACUUUCGAUGGUUUCUUUGA